AUGGCUGGCUCAUCGCGCAAUGCUUCCCCUAUUAAGCGGCUCAUGACGGAGCUACAAACAUAUCAAUCCGAUCCAAACGAUGCCCUUCUCGACUUGGGACCUCAAGAUGACGAUGUAAUGCAUUGGAGAGCAGUCAUGAAGGGUGUGGUUGGGACUGCAUAUGAGGGUGGGGUAUGGCUCCUAGAUAUCCGAAUCCCAAACCAAUACCCACUCGUUGCACCCACAAUCCGCUUCAUCACGCCCAUCUGCCACCCCAAUGUCGAUUUCAAGACCGGCGAAAUCUGUCUGGACUUGUUAAAGACGUCUUGGACACCUGCGUACACGAUAUCAACGACCCUAACGAGCAUACACCAGCUGCUCACGAGCGCAGAGCCAGAGAGCCCUCUGAACAUCGAUAUAGCGCAACUGUUCAGAAUUGGGGAUGAGGUUGGCGCACAAAGUUUGAUUAGGUUUUACACAGAGACAGAGCGGUAUGAAUGGAGGAGGAGAUCAUGA